CAGCGAAGCGUCCGGUCGCGCGUGCAUCAGAAGAGACAAGAGAGGUCAGAGACUCAGAGCCCAGACGGACCAACGAGGCGAACCGCGAGCGACCCGAAGGCAGGCCAAGGCCCGAUCCGCCCUCCCCCCUCCCUGCCGGCCGCCGCUUGCCGCCUUCGUGCCCCGGUGCCUUACCCGGACGCCGGCGGACAGCGUGAGCUAUGGGUUGCUCCUCCUCCGUGCCAGCGAGAAGUACAGGAGGACUGAACAAUAUCAACAACGAUAGCUCUUCUGCCACUGAUUCCAAGGACUUGCGUGCUAAGUUGGUAUUGCUGGGAGACUCGGGUGUUGGGAAAAGCUGCAUUGUUCUUCGCUAUGUUCGUGGUCAGUUUGAUCCUACUUCCAAGGUAACUGUUGGUGCAUCUUUUUUAUCGCAAACAUUGGCACUGGAAGACUCAACAAUAGUGAAGUUUGAAAUUUGGGAUACUGCUGGGCAGGAGAGGUAUGCUGCCUUGGCACCACUUUACUACAGAGGAGCUGCUGCUGCAAUUGUUGUCUAUGACAUAACCAGUCCAGAAUCAUUUAGCAAAGCACAAUACUGGGUAAAGGAACUUCAGAAACAUGGUAGUCCUGGAAUUGUAAUGGUUUUGGUUGGUAAUAAGGCUGAUCUACAUGAAAAUCGAAGUGUAUCUUACCAGGAUGCACAAGAGUACGCAGAGAAGAACAAUAUGUUUUUCAUUGAGACGUCAGCAAAGACAGCUGAUAAUAUAAACCAACUGUUUGAGGAAAUUGCAAAGAGGUUGCCCAGGCCAACGGCGUCUUGACAAACACUUGUGGCGUGUAUCGAAGAGCCACCCAAAUACUAGUUUGCGCCAUGUAAUGCUUGUAAUAUUUCAGGUUGGCCCAUAUUUAUGGGCGUUGUGUGGACGAUUGGCGCUCAUGUAAAGCUUAUUUCAUUGUGUUAAUCGUGGAUAACCUUUUGUGUUGAAUAUCCUUAGAUGGUUCAACUAUUUGUAAUCUAACGACGAAGUUGCUGCGCAAAUUUGGCAUGUUAGAGGACAAAUUUCAUGUAAACCAAUACUUGGGUAGUUACAAAACUUUAGGUA